AUGGCGCCAAGAGCAGGUGGCCCAGGUUUUCAAGGACGCGACAAUCGUCCAUCUCUACAAGCCCAACGGGGACCGGCAACUCUGCGACAACCACUGAGUCAUCUCGUCACUCAACAUCUCCGAAAGGAUCUUCGCUCGCCUCCUCAAUUGUUUCAGCGGCCACCUCGAGUAAGUAAUACUUCCGGAAAGCCGAUGUGACUUCUGACGACACCGCGGAACCACUGACAUGGCCUUCGUCGUUCACCAGCUACGGGUGCCAUGAGAUGCGAACUCACUACUACACUAUCUUCCUGGACUUAGCGAAAGCCUUUGACACGGUGAACAGCGAUGGACUGUGGGAAAUCAUGAAGAAACUCGGCUAUCAUAAACAAUUUACGCACAGCCCCACGACGGGAUGACGGCGCGCGUCACGGACAAUGGGACUGUCGUUGAAGCAUCUGCAGUGAGCAAUGGAGUGAAACUGGGCUGCGUACUCGUCCCCACCCUCUUCAGCCUCCCGUUCUCCGCUAUUCUGAUGGACGCCCCACCGUAAUGAGCGUCCAAGGAUCCGCACUGCAUAUAGGACCGGCGGGGACAUCUUCUCAGCAGUCGGCGCAUGCGAGCCUUAACGCGCGUCCUUACGCGACCACAGUCCAUGAUCUGCUCUUCGCGGAGGCCUACUUACUCCGCACCAUGACCGAAGACGACAUGCAAAGGAGUAUGAACCUCUUCGUCUCCGAGUGCGCCAACUUCGGACUAAGAAUCAACACGGUGGCCAGGAACCAACCGUCACCCAACACAGAAUACGACACUCCUCGAAUCAAUGAGAAAGAAAGUCAACUUAAAACCGUGGACAACGCCGAUUAUCUUGGAGGUACACUCUCGCGCAGCACAGCCAUCGACGACGAGGCUGUCCACGGAUCUCCAAAGCCAGCCAAGCCUUCAACCGGCUGCAAGCCUCCGUUUUGA